AUGGCAAUGCACAGAGUCGCCCUCAUCACAGCUGGAACUGCAGGAUUAGGUGCACAGAUUGCUCGUAGCCUCGCACCCGACUUCCAGCUGGCUAUCAACUACGCCAACAACGAAGGCCGUGCUAAGUCGCUAAUCGACGAAUUAAACAGCAUCCCGGACAGUCAUGGCCGUCUUGCAAAGCCUCGGUUUCAGGCGUUUCGUGCAGACGUAGGCGAUCGUCCCAGCAUUCAACAACUGGUUCAGGAUACCGUCUCAACCUUCGGGCGCCUCGAUGUUGUCGUGUCAAAUGCCGGGUGGACUCGCGUCACCAACUUCCAAAACCUGGACGAAGGCCUUGACGACGCAGACUGGGAUCGAUGUUUUCUUUACAACGUCAAAUCUCAUCUCUGGCUAAUGCAUGCCGUACGUCCGCAUCUCGACGAGACCGAAGGUGCCUUCAUCACGACGGCCAGUAUUGCAGGCGUGAAGCCGUCAGGUUCUUCGCUCCCCUAUGCGGUGACAAAGGCAGCCGCAAUCCACCUCAGCAAGGCGCUGGCAGUGAUCUGUAGUCCGCGAAUUCGGGUGAACAGUGUAAGCCCUGGUUUGCUGUUGACGGAAUGGGGGUUGAAGUUCGGGGAGGAGAAGAUCCAGAAAGCGACGCAGGCCACGAAGUUGGGGCGGUUGGCCACGGUUGAGGACGUUGCAGAGCAGGUUCGCGUACUAGCAACGACAAGAUCAAUGACCGGACAGAAUCUGUGCAUAGACUCUGGGACCUCGGUCUAG